CAAUAUUCCAUCAGAUUCCACACACCAAAGACACCAUGAUUCCUCUUCACUCUAUAAAUAGGUUGGAUGCUUAGGCAUCCAUCUCUUAAGCAAGAAAGCAACUACUCACUCAAUUCUCUCUUGUGUAGCAUUUGUAAGAAAAUGAAGAGUGAUGGGAGCUCCUUCAACAUCUGCAAACCCUAUAUUGCAAUGAUAUCUCUGCAAUUUGGAUACGCAGGCAUGAACAUCAUCACCAAGAUAUCUCUCAAUGGUGGGAUGAGUCACUACGUUCUCGUCGUUUAUCGACACGCCAUCGCCACUGCUGUCAUUGCUCCCUUUGCUUUCUUCUUCGAGAGGAAAGCACAGCCAAAGAUAACGUUCCAGGUGUUCAUGCAGAUUUUUAUUCUAGGCCUUCUCGGGCCUGUGAUUGAUCAGAACUUCUAUUAUGCUGGUUUAAAAUUGACUUCACCAACAUUUUCAUGUGCCAUGAGCAACAUGCUACCCGCCAUGACAUUUGUCAUGGCCAUAAUAUUCAGGAUGGAGAAAGUGAAUAUAAAGAAGGUGAUAUACCAAGCGAAAGUGGUGGGAACAUUGAUAACAGUUGGAGGGGCGAUGCUAAUGACAUUAUACAAAGGCCCAUUAGUUGAAAUGGCGUGGACGGCCCACCGUCGCGCCAUCGGUGGAGGAGGAGGCAGCGAAGGCAAGGAGACCAGCGACCGGGACUGGUUCAUCGGGUGCAUCCUCCUAAUAAUCGCGACGCUAGCAUGGGCAUCCCUCUUCAUCCUUCAGAAAGCUGCCCUCAAAACCUACUCGAACCACCAACUUUCUCUCACAUCAAUGGUCUGCUUCAUGGGCACCCUUCAAGCCGUCGCGGUCACCUUCGUCAUGGAACACGACCCUUCCGUCUGGAGAAUCGGCUGGGACAUGAACCUCCUCGCCGCUGCAUAUGCGGGAAUUGUGACAUCGAGCAUAUCAUACUACGUGCAAGGGCUAGUGAUGAAGUCCAAAGGCCCGGUCUUCGCCACGGCUUUUAGCCCGCUCAUGAUGAUCAUAGUCGCGGUCAUGGGAUCCUUUAUCCUCGCGGAGAAGAUCUAUCUUGGAGGGGUGAUUGGAUCAGCAAUCAUAGUGGUAGGGCUCUACUCAGUGCUGUGGGGGAAGUACAAGGAAGAUCAAGAACAGAAAAACACACUCAUAAUUCAAGAAAUUCCAGAAAUUGUCAAAGAUAACAAUUAUAAUAAUAGGAUUGUGGGAGAGGAGAAGGCAGCAGUUGCAAUUGAUUUGCCCAUAUUUACUUCACCAGUCAAACCAACUCAGCAAGUUUGAAAUGGACACCAAAUUACUCCUCUUUCAUCUAUAACUUUCUGAGGAGUUUUUUCUACUUUCUGGUUCACUCUUUUUGAUUUGUUGGAGUUUUACACAUAUCGAUUUUGGUUGUGGAUUAAUGAUCUAUGUAAAGUACUACUUUUGAUAUAUUAUGCAACCUUUAGAGUUGGCUCA